UGCAAUCCCGACUGGUCCAAGGUGAACUGCUCUGUCUACGUGCAGCUGGAGAAUGUCUGCCAGGGCGAGAGCAGGAACGUCACCGAGUCCAGACUGUCCUUCUACUCCGGGCAUUCCUCCUUCGGGAUGUACUGCAUGAUGUUCCUGGCGUCCGACUACAAGCACCACUGGAGCGACGUGCUGGCGGGGCUGCUGCAAGGGGCUCUCAUCGCCAUCCUCAUCGUCCGCUACGUCUCUGACUUCUUCAAGUACCGUCCCCCGCGGCAGUGCAGCGAGAAGGACGCGGAGCGCAAGCCCAGCCUGCCGCUGACCAUGAGCGACCAUCACUACAGCUACCCGGGCGCCCCGUGA